AUGGCAUUGGAGCGUGCUAGCGAUGAUGAUAUGUCAAAUGAAGAUGACGACGAUGAAGAAGAUUUGGAUGCGCCAGCAACAAUUUCUAGAACUCGUGAGAACAGCAAUACUUCAUUUAGUGCUCGUGAAAGGACAAUCUCUGAGCAAAGUCGGCGUCGUCAAGAAAAUGCUACUGGUUUAGAUGAGAGUUUGGAUGAACAUGAAGGGGUUUGUUUAGUCGCGAAAAUUUUUUAA